UCUCGUAUCAUCACUGGAUAAAUCGUUUUAUUUUUAUUUUAUUUGUUAUUUACUCUGACAAAACAAAUUUUUUCAACCCUAAAGGGAAUGUGUUAUUGAUAUUCGUGAUACGUUUAUUUUGUUUUGGUUUGUUUUAAGAGUUUCGUACAGCCGCCGGCCAGUGGUUAACGUACCAAAGAUGUUAUCUUACUACGUAAUCCUGUUAUUGCUGUACUGGCCGAGCGCGAGGAGUGACGAUUCCACCUUCGCAGAUCAGGUUGCAGUAGCCUCUGAAAGUUUAGAUAUUAAGGUACCAAAAAACGAAAGCCAUGAAAUUGCUGGCUCGUUAUCAUCCUCCGAGCGUGACGACAUUGUCAUCAGCUUCGAGAAUUCCAACGGAUUUGUUCCAAUGACAAGCUCUACUGAGCCUUCCGAGGAAAAAUAUUCUUCUGCCGAGCCCACGACCAAAGAGCCAUUCAGAAUAAACGUCGCCAACUACUCGGAGUCUGAAUUCUCAACUGAAGCCCGCAUUCUGAUGAAUCUCCAGAGCUCCACUGCAAACAGACGCUCCUAUGAUGUGGAAAAUAACGAAAAAGAGUUUGAAAUUUUAAAAGUAAACUCUAAAACACCAGCUGUCGCUAAUUACAAUGAAUUCUACGAGACAUUUCAAAAAAACAAAGAUUCCAAAGCUGCUAAAACUCCCACCAAAAACUUUUCUUACUUCCGUCAGAAGGAACGUAUGAAGCAAAUUAAUGACUAUAUAUCUUACCAAGACGGUAAUUCUCAACAAAAUCACUCGCUAAUUCACCAUGACAGCCAGGAUGCACCAAAAAAAACUUAUAAGCUGGAGAAAGUCUACAAUUACCCAAGUGCUGCAUCUGAUUACGAUAUUUUCAGCGAAAGUGUUACGAGACAAAGAUCAUCGAAUUUGCCGCCAUCGGGUUACGAGCUGGAAAAUACUCGCAGCAGUUGGAAACCCGCUUCGCCAAAGUAUCAGAGCAACCACAACAAUAAAUCCCCUCCUAUUGUCGUAAAUUCUAAUGAACACAGUUACACCCAGCAGUACGCUACCAAGACACCUCAACCGAGUUCGACAGAGCCGUCAUUCAAGUACCAAACAGACAUGUCAGAGGAUCGCUACGACCGAAACGAAGACUACUCAGAAGAGAACACGGAUGACUAUUACGAAAUAACUGAGCGUCCUCGGAGGCUUCACAAGAGCCGACGAAAGCCUUACGAAUCCUCCCGUAAACUUCCGAAGGAGCACCGCGGUGAUUCGAGUGAAUCGAAGAAACAAACCUCAACGCGUACAAAGUUAUAUCGCGGUAAACCAAAGCAGAAUUAUUGGAGCGAGGAACAGCCGAGCCAAGAAAGUUCCGAGGAGAAUACCAAGGAGGAGAAAACUAAAGACGAUAACGUAAGCUGGAGUCAAGUUGGUCCUAAUGUUGAGUUCUCUCAGUCGAACGGAUAUGAAGUCGGUCAAAUUGACAAGCCCAAUGUUUUGGUGCCGGUUAAUUUGAACCUCGUUCCAUUCAGCAAUUUCGAUCACGCAACUGCUCUGGGCAACAGCCAAGGCUUCGACAUGACCAAUGUUGGGAUGCCUGGAUAUGUUUCUUCUGGGUCAAUCGUCAGUACUGCAGCUCCUCUGCUCAGCAGUGUCCAACCUGUGGCAGUUCAAAAUCUCCCUCAAGGCGUCAAACAUCACAAUAUCGGUUACUCUACAGCCGUUCCAGACAUUGUUGUUGGCCAAAACUCUUUCCACAACCCCGUACAAACGGUUCUUGUACAGCAGCCAGUCCAUAACAAGUACAUGCCUAAUAUAAAAAAUUACUAUCCCAGUACUGCGACACCUAUGUUCACAAUGACACCCACGCUUCAAGGUUUUUCGACGAUCCAAAGUACAGUCGCUUCAAAAUCUGUCUCGCCGAAUAUGCAAUUGUUCUAUCCACACUCAACAAUUUCAACCGCUCAGCCUCUGUACCAAGCUUCUCCUCAUAAUAAUUACAAUAUUGUCAUCAAUCCUAAUGGUCUGAACGGUCAAAACGUCCAGCAUACUACGCCCAAUUAUAAUUACGGAGCUCAGUCAGAUUCACAGAAGAAAAAUAAUCAGUUCUUAGCUUCAGCGAGUUAUUCUGUCGGAAACAAUGGCCAGCAAGCUCAAAACAGUCAACAGAAUCAAGCUCAAUCGAAUAAUCCAAACAAUAAUCGGUAUGCCAGUUCUAAAAUUAAUGCUCAAGUCGUCAAACCACAAUUGGUUCAAGGUUACAUCCAAGCUGGCACAGGGAUUCCGGUUAAUUUUAAUCAGCAGCAAGUCACUAAUGUAGAAAACAAUAUUUUGGAAAACACCUGGAAACAACUGCAGCAGCUCCAAGGUAAUGGACAGCAAAAUCUUUAUCAUCGAAUCCACUAUCACACAGCUUAUGGCAAAGAUAACGCUGUCAGUCCCAGUAACACAAAUGUCAAUACUGUCAAUGCAAUCCAAGUGCCACUUGUAAAAGCACAAUUACCAGUAGUAGGAACUCAACAUGUCAAAAUAGUAAAUCCGAAUUUCCAAGCCGUGAAUCCGAUUCAGGUGAAUCCGUUCUCUGGUGCAGUGGUCACCACGCAGAUUCCUAUUUACAGCACGCCAGCGGGUUUUGUGACUCCAACAGCCGGACCCAUCGCCAUUCAAAAUUACGUCGACUCACUUACACAAAUCGGAGCACAACAAACUGUACAGCAAGAAAACGAAGCCAUGUACAACCCGAUGAACUUUAUUCCCAAUAUGGAGGUCGUCAAAAGCCAGACGAUGCUCAACGGAAAAAGGGCGGAAUCUCUUCCUCCAAAUUUGAGCCUAGUCCCAAUGAUUCCUGGGGGGAAAUUCUCUAAGCACUCCCACGAAGCUCAAGCAGAGUUGAUCACUAAGCCAAAAUUGAGCGCUGAUUUGGAAAAAUACGCUGAUGAAAUGUUCAAAGAGUCUCUUCGCACAAUUUACAACACUCACAAGUGGAACAGCGACAAGAGGAUCAGAAAUUUGACUGCUAUUGAUAGCAACGACUUGGAGAGGCUCAAGCAGGAAUUAGAGCGAUACAGGGCUGUCAAACCUGGAAAGGAUAUUCUUGAAGCGCAUCAUUCAGAGUCCUACUAUCACACAGCAGAUCCUGGACGUGAAAGGAGACCUGGGUUAACUAUCGCCGAUAUUGAAGAACUUUUCAAGGCAAACUUCAAGCCUCAAUCUUUCUCCUCCGGGGACUCGUUGUCUUCUGCGAGCAAGCCCAGCUUAAAGAACAUCAAGCUCAGCGACUAUCUCACACCUCCAAAGGUGAAUUCGUUUAUUUCAAAGAGUCCUUUCGUAGACAGCAAGCCGGCAAAGAAGCGACCUUCUAAGAGGCCUCACUCACGACCCUCCUCUCGACCAGGAAACCUCGACACCUCGGCGAGCAAUCACGUUUCACACUCAUACCGACGACCACAUUACGGGCGCGGUUCUUAUCAUGGUGAUUAUCGCGGAGCGGGAACUUAUUUAGACAAUUAUCCUUCUCUUACGACUUCAUCGCCUGAUUUGAAUUUUUUACAGUUCAGAAACGAUAACUACAUGGACUACAACCACCCUCGCAUGCACAACCUUAUGGGGCUGCUGAUGAAGAACAAACAGCUGCCCAGUGGGACGACCUCUAGCUCGAUAGACGAUGAUAGUUAUUCACAAUUUAUAAAUUAUGAUCGACGUAGAAUGUACAAUGAGGCAAUGAAGCACAAUAAUCAAAUAACCUCAGCCUCUUUUCACCACCUUCCGAGGCUUAAUUACCACUAUAAAUGAUGUAAUCCAUUGAUUAAUCCUCUAAUGCAAUUCGGUGUCUAAUUUCUCUUUUAUUUUUUUUAAUCUAACUCAUUAGAGAAUCAAUUAAAAAAUAGAUAAAUUAAUUUCCAAAGAUAAA